GAAAACAUUAAAGUCUGGUUUAGUUGCUAGUGGAGAUCCUCAAAGGACUGCAGAGAGUUAUCUUUAACCAUCUCAUGCACAAUCUUUACUCCUUGCAGACACCUGUUUUAAAAUUGACAUUCUACUGGCACCUGAACUCGCUGUGUCAUCUAUUAUCCACUGCUCUGUGAUGCCGUUUUGAUUCUCGUGACCUGUGGUGCCGUUUCCACCAUUUUAUGUCCUGUCCUGUCCUUUCUCCUAAGCAAGUCGGUGUUAUAUGUGAUAAACGGGUACAAUCUCUGUCCAGGAAGUAACAGGACAGAGAUUGUGAGAAAAUGCUAAACACAUGUGACAAAGAAAGAGGUAUGAUCCAAUCGACUUGUAGGUAUAUGGAGCAAGUGCUAAUGUGAUCUCCAAGCUACAGCACCAGCAGUGAACACAAAGUUAAGCAUUCGCUGACACUUUAGUUGUGACUGAGAAAUUGAACGAUAUACUAUCGAAAUGGAAGCCAUGUUAGGGCAGUCUAGACGAGGUGUAAAUCCAAGAUCAGGACAGGUGACAGUACAGACACAACCUCCAUUAGCUGAACAGGAAACAAAUACAACAUCAGCUACACAUCCUCAUGUUUUCUUAGAGAAGGCAGAAUGUGUGCAUUCCUUCAGUGCUGUAAAACAGACAGAUGAGAGAAGAAUUGGCAUAUAUGGGCUAGCCGUAGAUAAGGAACACUUGUUCAUUGUGGAUAAUGAACAUGACAGAACAAAAGUAUUCACGCAUAAAGGGCAGUUUAAGUUUGACAUUGAAGUAAAAAUUCCAUAUGAUGUGGCUGUGUCACAGACUGGUCACCUGUAUAUAACAUCUAGGGGUGACAGAUGUGUCCAAGUGUACUCCACCAGAGGUCAGCAGGUGACAACCAUGGGUCAGGGUCUACUGGAGGAUCCACGGGGUAUUACACUGAACAGAAAAGGUCAUGUGAUGGUUUGUGACAUGAGAAAGAAAUCCAUCUUCACAUUCCAUGCAGACAGUGGACAGCUCCUGAACACUAUUUCCCUCAGUAUGUGUGAGGAACCAGAGUAUAUCACAGUAAGCAGUUUGAAUGAGAACAUUGUGAUACAAGACUGGUUGGGACAAUGUGUACAUGUGCUGUCACCUACUGGUGAUCAUCUGUACCAGUGUUUCACAAGAGAAGGCAGUGGUGAUCUUGAGCCAAGGUUACCACAUGGAGUGUGCACAGACAGCUAUGGUCACAUCUUCUAUGCUGACAUGGAUAACCACAGUAUAGUGGCACUGAGUCCAAAGGGACAGUUUAUCAGAUACAUUGUCACUAAGGAUGAUGGGUUGAAGAAUCCCAAUUCAGUAGAAAUCAACCCUGCUGGCCAAAUGGUGGUGGGAGAAAGAAAUGGUGCUGUGAAAAAAUUCAAGUACGUUCAACAGAAAGAAGAUCAGUUUUCAGAGGAAAUCAAUAGACAAGACCCACUACUGCAAGAAGCAUAUCAAGGAGCAUGUAAGGAUGGCUUUGAAAGAGUGAAGAGGGCAAGGGUGAUGCUGCUAGGCCAUUACGGUGCAGGUAAAACACGCCUGAGAAAGCGGCUACUCGGACAAGAAUAUGAUGAAGAGAAAGAUCCAAUCACUAAUGGUAUAGAAACUGACUACGUUCUUGUAAAGGAGGGUUGGAAUUCAGAUGAAGCUGAGUGUCAUGGGCCAGCAAUAUCACAUUUGCUUGCUGUUAACACAAGAAAGAUACAUGAAGAAAUCCGGGCAAGUCAUGCAGAGCUAAAAGGUGGUCAAGUUGUGGAGGCAACUAAUGCACCAACAUCAGAGAAAGUGGAGAAAUCUUCAUCAAAGCCUCCAGAAAAGCAGUCUGGUGUUAUUCAAGAGGAAAUUAUAACAGUUGCUCCAAAGCUUGAAGAUGAGAUAACUUCAUCGACAGAAAGACACAUUUUAGUAUCACAAGAGAAGGAAAGGG